AUGGACAGCAACAACCUUCUCGCGUCGCUCAGGCCGUUGGCAUUCGAGUGCGGGUCGGAAUUCGUUGGGACGUUUGUGCUCGUCUUCUUAGGCACUGCAAGUAUCGCCACCUCGGCGUUUACAUCCCCUGGCUUUAUGAAUUUGGCCAUUGAACACGUUGCUUUCGGCUGGGGUUUUGCCGCCAUGCUCGCAACGUUUAUUGCGUCCCCUGGAUCCGGAGCUCAUUUGAACCCCGCUGUCACGCUAGCAAUUGCGAUCUCGCCUCACAGCUCCAGUGGUUUCCCAAAACACAAAGUUCCUGCGUAUAUGCUGUUUCAAGUGCUAGGUGCUACGUUUGCUGGACUUGCAGUUUAUCUAAUGUUUGGAUCAGCAAUCGCGCGCUUCGAGAAUCGUUUACAUCUUGUCCGAGGUGCCGCAAAUUCGUCCCUCUCAGCUGUCGCUUUUGGAGCCUCGUUCCCGCAUCCUCUGCUUGUGUACGCUACUGAAGAAGGAAACUUGGCAAUCUGGAAAAAGGACGAUAUCUCUGUCCCAAGUGCUCUAUUUCUCGAGGCUCUGGCCACACUCGUAUUCGUACUUGUCCAGCGUGUUGUUCGUCAUCCCUUGCAGUCUACUGGCGUCGCUGCCUUCACCAGUUUAACCGCUGGAGCGCAAGGAAACAAUGAAGAACCUCCGCCACGGAUGCCAGCAACGCCAUUGGCUCCACUUUACGUCGGUGCAGCAUUGGCUGCACUUACAAUGGUGAUGACACCGUUCACACAGGCGUGUCUUAAUCCAGCACGAGACUUUGGACCUCGAGUGAUUGCUGCCAUGGCAGGAUGGGGAUCAAUUGCCUUUCCAGGAGAACAAAGCAACUCGUGCUGGGUCUAUUUCAUUGGUCCAAUGAUUGGUGGUGUCGUAGGCAGCAUGCUCUUUGAUUUUGUGAUUGUUCCAGGACUGCAAACACGAGACGAAGCUGCUGCUGCUUGGAUGCGUCAUCAACAGAUUGAGGGCGAGGCAAUUCUAGAAGAACUUGAAAAGAGUCAAAUGACAUUGAAUAUCACUGGAGCUGGGGGGUUUAAAGCCCUAGAGACUAGAGGUCGACACGAUUGCGACUUUCGCGACAGUUUACAGGAUGAUUUCCUCGUCAUUCUACAUCCCGUACAUCCUCUAAGUCUACAGAUUCCUCGUUCGUCAUCCACUGACACGUCACUUAGACUGACUAUCAAGCAUCUAAAGGAUAAUCAGCAUGUACAUGGCCGUCGCAUGGCUUUUGACGCCAUCUAUGGCAUCUUUUGGCUGCUACGUGGUCCGUAUCUUGCUGUAGUGACGCAGUCUAAACUCGUGGUCAAAGGUGUCGACGAUGCGGAGAUUCGUCUAGUUCAGAAGCUCGAGUUGUUGCUCAUUCCGACGCAGAAUUUGCCCACGCUUACGCCACAGCAGGAGCAGGACGAACGCACGUAUAUUGACAUGAUUACGACGGAUAUUGAAGCCCAGAAGCUGCACUUUUCCAAGGAUUUCGAUCUUUCACACACGCUACAGCGUAUUGCUGCAUUUGACGGCAAAGUCGGUAGUAUUGCAGAGCGUGCAGACGACCGCUUUUUCUGGAACAAAUCGUUAUGCUCAGCGUUCAUUGAGCGUAAGCUCUUUGAGUGGGUGACUCCGAUGAUGCAGGCACAUGUUGAGUUAACGGAGCAACUCAAGCUGAAAGACAAGUCCUUUCGUAUACUGUAUAUUUCCAGGCGGUCGUGUAAACGGCAGGGAAUGCGCUUUACGAUGCGUGGUGUCGAUGAUGAUGGAAAUGUGGCCAACUUUGUCGAGACGGAGCAGAUCUGUCUAUUUGAUGACGGUCGACAGACGUCGUUCGUGCAGAUACGGGGCUCCAUCCCGGUUUUCUGGAGCUCACCUGCUACGAUGAAGUACGCACCCAAGGUUUACCAGGGUGGCGACAUGAAACGAGACGUGGCCGCCUUCCAGAAGCAUGCCUAUGAGCUCAUGUCGCUUUAUGGUCGUGUGCUGCUCGUGAAUCUCAUCGACAAGAAGAAGGAACAGCUCAAGCUUGGCGAGGCCAUGGCCAAGACCAUUGCCGACGCCGCUACCAAAGACUCGCACAUUCUUGCUGCCGUGCGCCUCGUGUGGUUUGAUUUUCACCAUGAGUGUCGCAACAUGAAGUGGGAAAACCUCGAAAAGUUGAUCAAGCAGGUCGAUGACGAUUUUCUGGACCACGGAUACUUUUGCAAGGGUGCAGAUGGCGUUGUCGUGAGCAAUCAGUCCGGUGUAGUGCGCACCAAUUGCAUGGACAACCUCGACCGUACUAACGUCGUUCAGUCGCUGUUCGGACGGCGAAGUUUAAUGCUUCAGCUAAAUGAAACUGAAGCGCUGCAAGGAAACGUGCUCAGCUCGCCGUUCGAGGAGCUCGAGUGCACGUUCAAGCGCGUGUGGGGCAACAAUGCCGACGCGAUUAGCCUUUUCUACGCCGGUACCGGUGCACUCAAGACGGACUUUACGCGCACCGGAAAGCGUACCAAGAAGGGCGCUCUUAUGGAUGGUUACAACUCGUGCCUGCGCUACAUCAUCAACAAUUUUAGGGACGGAUACCGGCAGGACGUGCUGGAUCUAUUGCUAGGACGCUACUCAACUUCGCGCAGCAGGAUGUCGCCGUUCAGUACGCAGGGUGAAAGUCUUGAGUCAGCGCUGGCUAAGGUCAUGGGGCUUGUGCUCGUCUUCUUCCUCGUGGAGACGCAUCGCACCAGCGGUCAGAGCUUUAUCUUUGAGCGAAUGUUCCGUUCCGUACUGCUGACAUUGCUCAUUUGUGCGGGCGUGUUCACUGUGCUGGUCAAGAAGGGCAACUCGCUGGGCAAGAAACUGGUGCGACUGCCAAGUCUAUGCCCACAGGACGGCUGCAUGACGACAUGGAAGCGUUAG